GCGACGCCUCAAGACAAGGAUGCCUUUCAAAUUGGUCGACAGAUCUGGACGAAGAACGUGCGUCUAUCCAUAAUCCUUGCAACCAUGAACCUUGCUGUACAAGGGGAAAUCAUGAGCAAACUCGAAUACGAAGUACUACUGCCGCUCUCUGAUACCAGUCAUAUCCUGCUGGAAAUUAUGGGGCGAUUUGUAUUCCAGUCCGCUCAUUAUACCCCCUUGUACAUGAGCAUAUGACCUACCUAGCCGAAGGAUGCUCGAUAUCAUACCUAUUGCGUUCUAGAACCCUAAUCUCUGAGGCGCAAGGGAGUCAGGGCGAGUGAACAGGUUGUGUCAUGGGCAAGUGUCAGAGUCACUGUACUCUAUCUGAUCUCACAAUGGGUAAUGUACGCUCCCCUCUAAUAUUUUUCGCAUUCUCAAAGACAUAUUCCUUGAAGUUUAUCCGCCGGCAACCUUAGAUCAUGAAGACUUCUUUAGCAUUGCUCUUUGCGGCGCUCGCUCAGCGAUCCGUCUCAACACGUAGUCCGCUGCUCCAAUGGGACCCCGAUACAGUCAAAGACUGUAUUGAUUGGUACAACAACGGCGAAGGCAAAACUUGUGAAUACGUGCGCGAGCUCUAUGGCAUCACUCCCGUGGAGUUCAACGAAUGGAACCCUUCAGUCGGCCUUGAUUGUAAGGGCUGGUAUUGGCAAUCUUACUGCGUCAUCACCCAAAGAAAAUUGGACAGCAUCAAACCAACGACAACCUCUUUCAAGGUGACCACCACCAGCACGAGCAAAGUUCCUUCUCUCGCGCCUUCCCCUACCGCCUGGAAUGCUUUGGGAUGCUACACUCAGAAUUCGGCCCGCCCAAUCCUCGAACAGAGCAUGAAUGCAAACGGAGACGCAUCCCUGACUAUUCCCAAAUGCAAAAACAGCUGCUACCGUCGGGCCUUCAACUUCGCAGGUGUACAGGAAGGCAAUCAAUGUUGGUGCGGCAGCUACGUCGGCGGCGAGUGGACUAAGAAUCAGACCGACUGCCACGCUCCUUGUACUGGUAACAAGGCGGAGAUGUGUGGAGGCAAGGGCGUUGUCAACGUUUUCGAGGCAUUGCAGAACGCUGCGCCAGUCGUCACUGUCACUAAGAGCGCGAGUGUCAAUGCCGCUGCCGCAAGCAAUGGCGCUAGCAAGAACAGGGCUCUUUUUGGGAUGGACUUCUAGCUUACACUCUGUCGACAGUCGUGCUCGAUUGAUGUAAAUAUACUUUUAU